AUGCCGUUUCGUCUCGUGUAUAUAUCGCGUUAUAUGUUAUGUUUGCUGUAUUCAGAGUUCUCAUUGAUGUAUCAUUAGUUGUGAGUAAACAAUUUACAUGGAAUGCAUUUGCAUUUGCCAUGUAUUUGCAGAAUAACAAGAGUCAAGCGACGCUGUGAUCAGUAGUGGAUGUGCAUUCGAGUUUGGUGGACGUGUCUCUAAGCAACAGCAGCAGCGGCAGCAUCAGCCGUAACAACACAAUUCGUGCUUCUUUCAUUUCGCACGAUCCUGCCCAAAUUUUUCUACACUCUACUUUUGCCACCGCCACGGAAAUAACGGAUGGAAGAUAGGGGAACGAAAACAAGAAAACGAAUAAGUGUACUGAAAAAAAGCCCAGUGAUAAAAACAGAAAGUGAGAUUUAGUAAGCAUAAAAAAAUCACGAUAUCCCACACAGUGUUCCAGUGUUGUUGUUGUUGUUGCCUAGAAGAAGUUGUGCAUUUUUAUCGCAAAUCGUCAGCAUCGUGGUGUAAAGUGUAAACAGGUUCAAUUGUACCGACGGAAUUGUGUACACACACCCAACAAUGGUCAUCUCUAAGAUUUGCUGCAUCGGAGCGGGAUACGUAGGGGGUCCCACGUGCAGCGUGAUGGCACUCAAGUGUCCCGACAUCAAGAUCACUGUCGUUGACCGAAGUGCGGAGCGCAUCGCUCAAUGGAAUUCCGACAAGUUACCUAUUUAUGAGCCUGGCCUAGACGAAGUGGUGAAACAGUGUCGCAAUCGGAAUCUGUUUUUCUCGACCGACAUUGAGACGGCAAUCCAGGAAGCGGAGCUGAUCUUCAUCUCAGUGAACACACCGACCAAGACAUACGGAAACGGCCGAGGGCGUGCCGCAGACCUCAAGUAUGUCGAGGGAUGCGCCCGUAUGAUUGCUGACAUGGCUCAGAACAGCAAAAUUGUGGUUGAAAAGAGUACAGUGCCGGUCCGCGCGGCCGAAAGCAUUAUGCACAUUCUGAAGGCUAAUCACAAACCAGGGGUGAAGUACGACAUCCUAUCGAACCCAGAAUUCCUUGCCGAAGGAACCGCCAUUGAGGAUCUAAUGAUGCCAGAUAGAGUGCUCAUUGGGGGCGAAGAGACACCACACGGCAAAGCAGCAAUCGAGAAACUCUCCUGGGUGUACGAACAUUGGAUUCCGAAGAAAAAUAUCCUCACUACCAACACCUGGAGUUCCGAGUUGUCCAAACUGGCGGCGAAUGCUUUUCUAGCACAACGGAUAUCUUCCAUAAAUUCACUGUCAGCAGUUUGUGAAGCUACGGGAGCGGAUGUCUCUGAAGUGGCCCGAGCGGUUGGCCUUGACUCGAGGAUCGGUCCCAAGUUUCUGCAAGCUUCCGUUGGCUUUGGCGGCAGUUGCUUUCAGAAAGAUAUCCUCAAUCUCGUCUACAUCUGUGAAGGACUCAAUCUACCGGAGGUGGCUGCCUACUGGCAGCAGGUCAUCGAUAUGAACGAAUACCAGAAGAAUCGGUUCUCCCAGAAGAUUAUCGAGUGUCUGUUCAACACGGUCACCGACAAGCGGAUAUCAAUUCUGGGAUUCGCCUUCAAGAAGAACACUGGGGACACACGCGAGACACCGGCCAUUACGGUGUGUAAAACCUUGCUCGACGAAGGCGCCCAGCUGAAUAUUUACGAUCCCAAAGUGGAACCCGAGCAGAUCAUUGCCGACCUGACGCAUCCAAAGUUGACGGAGAGUCCCGAACACGUGAAGAAGGCGGUGCAAAUUUUCUCCGAUCCCUACGAUGCGGUUAGGGGGACUCACGCGAUAGUCAUCUGUACGGAGUGGGAUGAAUUUAUUAGCUUGAACUACGAACGUAUUUACCAGUCGAUGAUGAAGCCGGCUUACAUCUUUGACGGGCGCAAAAUUCUGCACCACGAGAAACUUCAACAAAUCGGCUUCCACGUGCAGACCAUUGGCAAGAAGCUGAAUCGCAAUAUCCUGACCCGGUCCUGGGGUAGCGUUCCGCAGCUCUAAGGAGAAUGCUCCAACCAUGACAACGGUAAAUAUUUAUAUUACUCUCGAUCUCGCUGUAUGUUUAUCGGUAACAUAAGAACAGUAACGGUGUGUCGAGAAAAGGGUUUAGGUAUUAUGAGAAAUCCGAGAUAAGUUAUCAACGCGAAACGAAGUAUUAGAAGCGAUCAAAACGCAUCACAUCUUGUCCAGUUUGCAGUAGUCAUCCGCAGUAUAUAAGUUCCGCUAGAACCUGCUCCGAAGGUGCUCCGUGUUGCACCAGCAAAAGUAUUUAAUUGAAAUAUUGUUCACUGCUUCGAUGUAAUAAACCGUCUGUUUGUUUCGGUUAGUCUUAAUGGCCUUUUGGAGCUCAACUGGCUUUAUUGCAAUAUAUGUGUAAAAAUUGGCACAAUUUUCGUAAAGUUUAUAUAAUCAUAGGCCCAGCAAAUGUGGAGUCUACAACUCCUCAUUUAUUAGAGUUAAAACAGGACGUAAACAUAACUCGCCUUUAAUAAACAAUGUCACUAUUCGUUU